GCUGCUGUUCUCUCGGGCCAGUGAGUCUUGCCGUGGGUAAAAUGACUACUACUGCCUGGGCGCCACCAAAUUUAACUCAUUUUUCUGCCAAUGUAGGAAAGGGUUGAAGUUUCAACUUCGAUGGGAACCCUGGGUUAUCGCUUCACUGUUUCUCUGCCUUGCGGCAAUGCCGCCGCCGCCGCUAUCUACAUCGCAUACCAAAGUAGAAUUUGACGACCUUAUAUGAAGACAUUAUGCAACACUUCUCACCCUUAAAUCGUUACCCAGCCUCCUCUCACCUUGGAAUUCUUAACAUGUCGACUCAACCCUCUACACACGGGGGGGAUGGCAAACUUGGCAACCAAGAGGGACAACACUCUAAAUACCAAGCCGACCUACCUCUCCCACCUCCACCGAAUGGCUCCGCUUCCCAGGGUUUCAACUCCCAACAACGCAACUGCCCCUAUCAUUCUCCAAUCCUUGAAUGCAGCCCUUCAAACCCUCCCAAAUUUCGUGGCGCAACCCCUUUGCACAGCUUUCUAUACUCACCACCAGCCGAACAAGCUUCCUUGUUCAUGCGACCGGAUUCCGUGCAGUCCUCUUUGGCCAAGGGAUGCACUUGCGGACGGCUGGACCAAAUUAUCAUUGACGGCAUAACUCACGACGCUAUUAAUAGCCUAGGUUCGAUGCUGGGUACCCAAUUUGAGGAAGGGUUGAAGAACUGGAGGAAGCAGUUCUGACUUUCAUUCAUAAUCCCAUCCUUUUGUUCAAAUGUUCAGUCAAUAGCUCGUCGGUUUGUGUUCUCAGGGUCUUCUCUUCGUCGACAUUCCUUCGUUGGUCAUUACGAAACUCUUGGC